AUGAUAAGACUGAAGCCGGGCCGAUCCACUCGCUCCAUCUAUCUGGUUCUGGCGGGUCUGUCCCUCGCUCUCCACCUCCUUCUGGCAAUUUUUUGUCUCUCUGUCCUCCAGACAGCCUGCAUCCUUCCCAACUCCUCCACCAUUAAAAGAACCGAUGAUCAGUCUAUCUCCCACUCCUCCUCUUCGUCAGCUGCCUCUUCUUCACACAAACUACCCACAAUCCCCCAGAAUGAAGAGAAUCACAAGCUGAUUGCCAAAGCUCUGCACCCUAAAGAGAAGUACUCAUUCGUCAACGCCAAUGAAAAGAAACUAACUGCACCAGGAAAAGGGAUUCAAAAGGUCAAAGGCCGUUCUAAACUGGAGGCGCUGUUCAAGCACCCGUUGUAUAACCUGCCACGCCCUGAGCUGCAAGAAGCUGAUUGGCUGCUACGGCUUAAAACAAAUGAACAUGCAGAAGAUUCAGAAAGUGAGGAAGAGAGGGAAGACGCCAUCAAUAGUGAUAGCGAGUGGGAGAGUUCCAGUCAGGAGGAAGGCUACGACAAACUCAAUUGGACGAACGACGUGGAGACCCACCCUCCUUGGCUGAGGUUCCACCUGGGCAUCUCUCGCUGGGAGCUGUACAACAGGAAGGACCCCAACCUGGCCCAGCUGACUCACUAUCUGGCAACAAAGCAAAUCCUCCGUGCUGUUCAGAAGACAGGAGGUACGCAGCUCAAACUUCUCAUUUCGUUCCCAAACUACGGAGAAGCUCUGCUGAAACCCAUGAGACAAGCUAGAGAUGCGGAGACGGACGUGAACCUCUUCUACUUCUCAGAUUUUGAAAGACACAACGCGGAGAUCGCUGCCUUUCACCUUGACAGAGUGCUUGGCUUCAACAGGAUACCUCCAGUGGUUGGUCGACUCAUCAACGUCACCACAGAGAUCAGAGAGAUCACUACUGACAACAGGCUGUCCAGGUCAUUCUUCACUUCCCCAGCUGGGAACAUAUGUUUCUAUGGCCAGUGUGAGUACUACUGUUCAUCAGAGCACCCAGUAUGCGGCCAGCCCCAUGCGCUGGAGGUUUCCCUGGCUGCCAUGCUACCUGACCUCACCAUAGCUCCUCGCAGGUCCUGGAGGUCACCAUGGAGACGCGCCUACAGCCACAAAAAGCUAGCAAAGUGGGAGAAGGACGCUGCAUACUGUGACACGGUGAAAAAGACACCUCCUUACAGCCACGGCACCAGACUGGUGGAUCUCAUAGAUAUGGCCAUACUGGACUUCCUCAUGAGCAACAUGGACAGACAUCACUAUGAGACCUUUGAAGAAUUUGGCAAUGAUACUUUCCUGCUACACCUGGAUAAUGGACGGGCGUUUGGGCGCCACUCUCAGGAUGAGCCAUCUAUUCUGGCUCCUUUGAAACAGUGUUGCAGGAUCCGUCGCUCCACACUCCUCCGCUUGCGCCUCUUGUCCCUCACAAGCUUCCGUCUGAGCGAUGUCAUGCGGGACUCCCUUCCCCAGGACCCUCUAGCUGGUGUGGCCCCCCUGCUGUCUGAAGCACAUCUCUCUGCUCUGGACCGCCGCCUCGCUGCAGUCCUGCAGGUGGUGCAGAGCUGUCAGGAGCAGCACACAGAUUGA